AUGUCUGCACACAAUCCAGAUACGAUUGUUCCAGUUCCUAGGACCUUUGAACAAAAACUCCGGGAUGAUAUGGACAAACAGCAGAUGUCUGCCCUUCUGCGCUAUCUAAGACAAUGUACAAGUGAACUCCCGUAUGAGAAACUCGAAUUUAAAACAAAGUACGGAAUUACGGAUGAACAGUGGACGGAGGAAUCGGAAUUGAAAGCGGUGAUGAACAAUUUUUCUUACGUUUCCGAUCAUUGUCGGGAGUUUGAGGACAAGAAAGUUUUCGGAAGGUUUUUGGAAAACGUUACAAAGAUUCAUAAUCAUUCCGAAGAAUUCAAUGAUGAUUAUGAACAGGUGUUGAAAAUUCUCAAGGAUUGGCAGGACGCAAAAAAAGAAAGGCAAGAUGAUGCCUGCGAGAAGCAUAAAAAGGAAUUUGAAGAUUGGUACAGGGAUGAGAUCAACUUUAUCGAAACUUCCGAAAAAGAGGUUAAAGAUGUUUUUGAGCAAAUUGAAGACUUUAGUAAUUACACCAGAGAUGAUUGGGAAUAUAAAGUGAAACCUUCGGUUAUGAGAAUCGAAGAGAAAUAUCAGAAAUCCAAAAAAAAUUUUCCGGACUCCUUAUUGCAAGACGUCCAAAAGCUUGGAAAAUCCAUAAACGACGCCAUGAUUGUCAUUGGUUAUGUUAUGAAGGACCUAAAAACCCUGACGGUGUAUAUGGAAAAGUUAAAGAACAUGUUUUUCAAAAUGAGUGAUGACCGGGGUCCAAUCUCCAUUAAGAAAAUAUACCUGGAAGACGUGAAGAACAAGUGGCCGGAUUUAGGUAAACUAGCGAGUGAAUGUCACAACAAGAUUUUCAUCAUAAUCGAACAGCAAGAAAAAGAAGAGGCGGCUGUGUACAAUGCAAUGUUGAGUGACGAAUGA